GACGGCCCACUGAUAUCGGGCUUGUCAGGGUUCAGGCACCAAGGCAUAAAUUUGCCGUUCUCAUGAUUCGGUUCAUUAGGGUGGACUGUAUACGCCAUACCGCAUACGCCAUAUCAGGUAGGAACAGUUACGUACCAGCUGUAAGUCCAGACUUCAGGCCAAAUAUUCAUACCGUUGUUAAGUUCCUGAAUGAUACCCAUAUACAUUUCUAUGUUCAUGCUCCUCCUAUCGCCCGUACCCCUUCUUUCUGAUUCUUCGGACCUUGCUUUCUGCUGAAGUGCUAGCCAUCAUGUUCCACGACGACCUACAGAGCGGGAUAUCGCUCGCCAUCCAGCAAGGUAAACUGGUAGCCUGCUUCGUCUCCGGUAAGAUCUACUGCUUCUUGGCUUGUGAAGACGCAUUGCAUCUGACACAGCUAGAUGAGAAGGACGACAGCCAGCGCUGGGAAAUCGAAUGGCUCUCGCACGUCGAGGUUCACGACCUUCUGUCAGAUCGGACCGUCCUCCUGCGGAUUUGUGCUGGCACCCAAGAGGAAAGCUUCUUAUCCGCAUUCUGCCCGGUCUCCUCCUAUCCAAGCCUCAUAAUUAUACGCAACGGUCAAUUGCUGGACCGCAUUGAAUCCGAGAACAACUUCGACGAUUUCUUAGCACGGAUCAAGAAAGUCUUCGAUGCAGCACCGCCCACCGACUCGACGUUAUCACGCGCCGUACCGGAUCCUUCUGACCAAAUACUCUCCGAAGCCACCCUCCCUCCCUCUACCUCCGUUCCCAUUCCGACCGAUACACCUCACGAUGGACCACAAGGGGUUGCCUCAGCCUCUCCGACCCAACCGCGUCCCGAAGGAGAGGAUUCUGCGCGGCCGGUGGCCUUGACAAAUCAACCCAAGGUGUCGAAAGGAAAAGAACGAGCAGCCGCUACUCGACCAGCGGCAGUCGAACCCCAUACACCUAGUUCCGACCAAGAUGCGCGAAAUGACUGGGUAAUACAGCAGCGGAAGCGGCAGCAAGAGGCCCGCCAGGAGAGGGAGCGGAUCCUCGCUGCGAUCGAGGCCGACAAAGUCGAACGCCGACGCCGACGCCGGCGGGAAGAGCAAGCGAGGUCACGAGAGUCUCCGGCCCCGAAUUCUAUUUCGUCCCCUUUGCUGGGCACGGCUGGAACAUCAGGAAGGGGAACAAAACCAAAGUCGCAGCCCCAUGAAGUGCCUUUGCAAGUCCGCCUGCCUUCGGGCGAGCGGAUUCGUAAAUCCUUUCCCUCGACGGGCACAAUCACGGCCGAUGUUCGUCCAUGGAUAGAUGUCGCUUUGCGCAGUGAUCUUACCCUGCCUGCUACGGCGGCUGUACCUGCAUAUACUCUCACACACAUCAUCCCUCCUAAAUCCUAUUCCCUCCCCGUCCAGCUCGAGGAACGAGAACUGAGGGAUUCAGAUCUGGACCUCUUGCCCUCCGCGACACUUAUCGUGGUUCUCGUGCGCGGAGGCGCGAAUGCUUAUGCUGAUGCUCAUACGAGCGGGAUGUCUAGCUGCUUCGAUUGGGCGUGGCGGACCACGCAAGGGGUGGCACAAGGCAUCGGAGAGGCGGUAUCCGGAAGCCUUGCCUACGCAAGCAAUCUCAGCGGUUUAGGAAGCGCGACUUCCGACGAGGGAAAUCCUCGCGGGUCUUCUGGGAUUGGGCUUGAUGGGACCAACGAACGAAGGAGUACCGCGGCGGACGACCGUGGCGAGGGCGGUCCAACCAAUACAGGCACUGGAGUCCGUAUACGGACAUUGGCGGACCAACGGAGUCCUAAUGAAGGAGAGACGUACUACAACGGUAAUCAGCUAAGCUUCGAAUCAAAGAAUCGUGAUGACGAGGAGGGUUGAUAUACUCCCUGGAGGUUGCUGUUACGCCGCUGCUUAGUCCAUCGUUAGCGUUGAACUGGCGCUCACGAUGCCACCAAACCGGUAUGGCAGAAACCAAAUCCGGCGAUGCAUACAUAUAUAUCUAGGAAGUUAAUUGAUUGACCUCACAUCGUUCUUCAACCCAUGCGUUAUCGUCUUGGACCGUUAGGACGAGCUGGGAAUCGGUGUGGAGAGGCAAGAUUUUAGAACGUCACUGUGCAUGAAAAGGCCAGCUGGUGAACCAU